CACCACCACCACCGCCACCAAUUCACCGUCGCAGUGACAGUAAGAAAAGCAACGAAAAAUGGGAGCUUCGUCGUCGACACAGCAGAACCAUAUCUCGCAGGAGCAACGAGAGAUUGAAUCCGAGGCCGCUUCCACAGGAGCUCUCCCCAUACUCCACAAUGCUUUCUCUAAGCUCUCCGAUCCUCAAACAAACGCCAUCCCCUUCGUCUGUCUGCAGGAAAUCUUCUCUUUCACCAACAAUAACCCAACGAAUGAAACAACCUCAACACCUGAAUGCUUUCCAAGGCUGCUAGAUCAUCUGGGCGAAGCUAUUGUCGAUAUCUUUUUCAGGGUGGAUAAAGGAGGAAUUACUUGGAUUGAGUUCUUGAGGGGUUAUAUUAGUUGCUGUGGAAGGAAGACUACAUCGACGUCUCUUAACAAUUUAUACCGGCUUUAUGCUGUGACCAGUGCAAAAGCUGGAAAUCCUUCAAACUUGGAAUUCGAAUCUGAUGACGCCGAUAGUAAAAUUAGUGGCUUUUUAGUGCCCAGUGAUGCUCUAAUGCUUCUGUGGGUGUGCUGGGUCAUGUCACAGAGCUCGAAAAUUUUGAGAGUUUCUGAAGGGAAGACUAAAUUAGAUAUUCCGGAUAUAAAGCAUUUAGUAUUGUCAGCUGUUGUAACUUGUGCUGAAGUUGGAAAUGACUUAAAUACGUCGGACUGUAGCAUUUCGAGCUUGGAACAUCGACUUCCUGCUGGAAAGCUUCAUAUGUGGGCUUUGACAACAGUCCCGGGUCUUGUACAUUGUUUGACACAGUAUCUCCAUGAUAGACUCCAAAGAUGUGCAGCUGUGGAGGAUGAGUUGGGAUCUUCCAAUUUAUCAAUUGGUGAAAUUUCUUUGACAGAGGCAAAUGAUACAUAUCUUCUGACAUGUGGAAGGGCCUGGGCCAUCUCACUUACUCAGAAAAGCAAAUUAAGUGAAGAGAUCUUGAAGGCACCAUUUCAUAGAGAUGGAAAUGGAGUAUUUGAAAACCUUCUCUACAGGUCAGCUAUCCAUGGGAAGGGAUUGAACAGAUUCUGGUCAAACAUUGAAGGUUACCAUGGGCCGUUGCUAAUUCUGGUUUCUGCUAGCUCAGGAGAUGUCCAUGGAGGUGAUGGCAAUGUCAUGAGAUGGGUGAUUGGGAUACUUACAGAGCAAGGUUUUGAAAAUAGAGAUGUAUUCUAUGGAAGCUCCGGUUGCCUCUAUUCUAUAAGCCCAUUUUUCCAUGUCUUCUCAUCUUCUGGGAAGGAGAAGAACUUUGUCUACAGCCACUUACACCCUGCUAGCAGAGUUUAUGAUCCACAUCCCAAACCUGUGGGCAUUGCUUUUGGAGGAACCAUUGGGAAUGAAAGGAUAUUUGUCGAUGAAGAUUUUGCCAGACUAACAAUUCGUCAUCAUGCAGUGGACAAGUCUUAUCAACCUGGUCCCCUUGUCCCAAAUCAGGGGUUUCUACCUCUGGAAGCUUCGAUUGUAGGGGUUGAAGUAUGGGGAUUAGCUGGAGGAAAGGCAAAGGAAGAGCAAAAUGCCUAUAUGAAGAGACAGCAACUAUUUACCGAGCAGAGGCGCAAGGUGGACUUGAAAACUUUUGGCAGUUGGGAGGAUUCACCAGAGAAAAUGAUGAUGGACAUGGUCACUGAUCCAAACCAAGCUAGACGAGAAAAUCGGUAGUGUGGUUAGAAAGAUGAACAGCAUCCAAGGGUGUGUUGUGCUUCUAAGCAAAGCUAUUCAGUUAAUGAGAUUCAUGUAGAUGAUAAAUAAGAAAUAGCGAAGUACAAAUG